CGCAGACUUUUUCACCACAGCAUGGCGGCACGGGCAGCUGUCGCACACACACACACAUUCACUCGUAAACGUUUGCGCAAAGAAAAAACAGCGAAAAUUUGCGGUGGCGUCGGAAAAUAAUAAGAAAAAUCAAUUAAUCAUUUGGAAUUAACUAAAACAAACUACCGUAAGCAUGUCGAUUGGCGUACCCAUUAAAGUUUUGCAUGAAGCAGAGGGUCACAUAAUUACUUGUGAAACAAUCACCGGCGAAGUCUAUCGCGGCAAGCUCAUCGAGGCAGAGGACAACAUGAACUGUCAAAUGACACAGAUCACGGUCACCUACAGGGACGGACGCACGGCUAAUUUGGAGAAUGUCUACAUUCGCGGCUCAAAGAUUCGUUUUCUCAUACUGCCCGACAUGCUGAAGAAUGCGCCGAUGUUUAAGAAGCAGACCGGCAAGGGACUAGGCGGGACGGCCGGACGCGGAAAAGCAGCGAUACUCAGAGCACAGGCGCGUGGUCGGGGCAGAGGAACUGGUCCCGCAGGUGGCGGUCGAGGCGGUGGUGGUGGUCCACCGGGAGCACCAGGUGGUGGAGGACGGGGCGCCUGGCAAGGCGGUCCCACAGGAGGACGUGGUCGCGGCGGCUUGUAGGAUGCACAAGGAUCACAUUCUAUCCAUAUAUAAGUUAAGGGCAAUUAAUUAUAACGGGCGGGUCGCGAACAAUGUUGAAAGUCUAAAUAUUGUCAUGAAACAAUAGCGAAAUGAAACUUGAAUUUGAAAAAUG